AUGGCGCGAUCGUCCGCGCAGGCGUUCGUCGCGUACCGCGCGGCGUUCGAGCCCGGGAAGACGGGACGCGGACGAUCGGUGAAGUACUUUCUCGUCGAGGCGGACGGGCGGGAGACGCUCGCGGCGUACGCGGACGAGAGCACGCCGGGAGACUCGCACUACACGUAUAAGAAUUGCGAGGAGUUCACGUCGUUCGGGACGCUGUGCUGUCAUAAUCGAAAGGCGCUGCACUCGUGGUUGGAUUCGAUCGUGCGGGCGUCGAGCGGGGUGGUGACGACGGGACCGAUUUCGACGGCGGCGGGGAAGAAUAAGAGGGCGUCGGGGAAGAAUAAGAAGAAACAAGGGAAGGCGAAACGGAGUGGAAUGAGUGAGUUGGUGAUGACGCACGAGGCGGCGACGUCUGGGGCGGCGGCGGCGGUGACGGUGUCGACGACGAAGCCGGACGGUUCGGCGAGAUUCGUGAGUUACUCUCAGGAAAAGUUUACGUUUCCCGAUGGUCGGCGAGGGGUGCGGUUUUACGUCAUGGACGAGGUUGGAACGCCGACGCUUGCGGUGUUGGGAGAGGAGCGCGAGACGCGAGAUGGUCACUAUCAAUACAAGCGGGUCGAUACGUUUACGGCGGGCGCGCCGCUUCGAUGCGGCAACUUGAGCGGCGUGCACAAGUGGUUGAAAGAUCACAUCGCCGGUGGGCAACUGGUCGGGGUAAACUUUCCGUACUCUAGCGUGGCACAUGGGCAGGAUAACGGCGCGGCGGCGAGCGCGGCAGCGUUAGCGCGAAGAAAGCGCGGCGACAUCGCCGACGGCGUCAGCCUCAUCGACCCCGCAGUCACUUUUCAAACAAAGGUUGAAGAGCGCGAAGCGCAAUGGGCGCUCGCGCGUCGAGGCGCGCUGGCAUAUGUGCGCGAGCCGACGCAUCCCGAUCAUGUAGCGGAACUGAAAGAGAUCGUGCCCGUGUUAAAGGCGGCGAAGGCGGAGAACAAAGCCGCCGUGAAGGAUUUGCUCUCCGUCAUCGAAGCCUUUCGUGCGCUCAACUCCGUGUACGUAUCUUUACACACGCUCGAUAGCAUGGACAUCAAAGAUGUCGUCGUGGGUUUGCAAAAACACCCGAAUGAGACGAUUUCUCAGCUCGCGACGAAGAGUGUCCGGCAGUGGCUCGGGUCGUUGUACAGUCACAUCGGCACGUUGGCGAGCGUGUACGAGCGCCCCAAGCCGUUGCCUCCGAGAAAUAAGGUGGGCUACGGACCCCCGAAAGAUGAAGUGAACAAUGAAGGGCAAGAUAAAUCAAAUUCGCCUCUUAGUUUGCGGCAACGCACCGGCGUGGCGACGCCGACAGUCUCAGGCGCGAAACGCGCUGCAGACGUCGUGCUCCCGACGACUUCUAGCCAGUGCAGCCCGCCGCCGAAAAUGCAAAAGACGAAUUCCGGUUUGCCAGGAUGUACGCCUCUCGGCAAAGGUCACAAACUGUGCCCGCAGUGCGCUGGAACGUGCGGUUCGCCGACUCGCGUGUGUCCCCACUGCGGCUCGGCGCUGCCCUACAAGUCUCCACCCAAGGACAAAAAAGAUGGUGAACCAGUGCCCAAGAAGAAGGUAUGA